AUGACAGAAAAUGUGUCUUCUACGUGUUCAGCAUCUUCGUCCAAGAAAAGAAAGUCCAGCAGCUUGUUUGAAGAAUCUGAAAAUUCUUCUAGUCCACAAUCUUAUCCUAAUGUACAUGUAGUUGAAAGUUCUAGUCCUCGAUCGGACUCUUCAGAUCAAACUACAUCGUCAGAAGAUCAGACAAAAAUUACUUCUUCUCCAACGGAAAUUGAUGACUGUACUUCAAAAUGGAACAAAAAUACUUUAAAUAAAAUAGGCAUAGAAUCCGUUACGACAAAAGCUUUUGAUCCAAUGGAUUUAAUUUCAUUUGCUUUCAAUUUGAAAGAUCCAAAAGUUUUGCAACGUGUUGAUCGAUGUAAGAAAGUGAUUGAAAACCAUGAAAUUUUCGGAACUGAACACAAAAGACAUCCAUAUAAUGUUUUGGACAUUGAUGAUAUUGAAAACAUUGAAUCUUCUUCAGCCUUUGAAAUGAUGGCAGUAGAAUACAAAAGUAGAUGGCAUCAUGAUGUUGGUAUAUGGAAUGUACAGCCUCCUGAUAUAAAUGAUAAGCUAGACAUUAGAUUAUUCCAGAAGUUUCGAGUUCAUGGGGAACUCUUUGUCCAGCAGUUGAUAAAUAUGAGUAUGAUUAAGACAACCCAGAACUUGACAGAAGCAAUGUAUCAGAGUUUGUUUCAAGAAUUUGCUGCACAGUUUGGAUUAAUGAGUUUGAGUGUUCCUGUUAUUGGUAAAGCACAGGUUGAUAUAGGAGAUAAAGCUGUUUCAUCUAUACCUGAUAUUGUCUUUCCAGAUAUUACCAAUUCAGACAUACAUCAUUCUAAUUUAAAGAUAUUAGCAGUUUGUGAGGUUAAGAAAGAAUUUAAAGCAAAGGAAGACUUGGUUAUUUCCUUACAGUAUAGUACAAGGUCAGGGAAAAAGAAAGUAAUAGGUAAAGAGCAAGUUAUAUGGCACCUUGAUGAUAGAUUACAGGGUCAGCAUGGAGGAGAGCUAUUAUUGCAUUACCCUUUAUCACAGAAGAAUGGUCUAUUAGGUAUCAUUGUACAGAAGACACAUGUAACAUUUUCCUAUUUCCAAUGUAACACUGUACAGUUUGAAGAAAUAAUGACCGGGAACCAGUGUGUUAACAGUCCUGUUGUGUACUAUAGCAGACCAUAUAAUUACUUAAAGGCUGCAGAUAGAAAAGAAUUAAUAACACCAUUACUUACACUUGGAUUUGUUCAGUUUUCUCCAUGUUGCAUCAGCAGAAAAGAACAGCAGAUAGAGAAUGUAGACUAAGCAGUAUCUACCAUAUUUUAAGUUUGUUUUGAUUGCUUUUAUAUUUUUGUAUAAGUAGCUCAGUUUCUAUAAACAGGGCCAGUUUCAAUUGAUAUUUUCAAAUACCAUAUUUGCAAGAUAUGAUUCGUAUUAAUUUGUUGCUUUUAACCUGCUUCUAUGUUCAUCAAUGCACAUAUAUAGAGUGAUUGAUAACAUUUAGGGUUGACUUGGGUAUAGAAAUAUUGCAAUCCAUUGACUUUUCCCAUCUAGCAGUAAAACCAUUCUUAGAGUAAGGUGUCCUUUUGUGAGUAAACUAAAAUCAUACUUUCAGCUAUUAUUUAUUAAAACCUUUGUUGAAAUAAAGCUUAUAGCUUAGGGCAAUAAAUAUAUUUGUUGUUUAAGGCUUAGGGUUUCCUGACUAACCCUAAUUUUUUUUAUGUUGAUUUUGAUAUUUUGAUGAAUUUUUGUAUUAUUUUUGACAGGAAAAAGAGCAACAUCAGACAUGUAUGAAUUUUAUCUUGCUCCCUAAACAGUAUUUGUUUAUAUAUGUAAAUAUUUAUUUAUUUAUCCACCAUGUUUUACCAAUUUGAGUUAUUUAAAUCUGAUAUGAAAUUAGCUUUCAUAUGAAAUUGUAAUUGUAAAUGGUCUUCACAAAAGAAAUUAAUGUAAGCUGAAAUUCACUUGAUUUUAGCAUUAAUUAAUUUUUUAAUUGUUUCACAUCAACUUAUAUAAAUUUUUUAAGUUCAUCAGUUGUACAUACAGCCUUUUUGACAAAGUAUUUGCACCUAUCCUUCCUUUUAAUCAGGUUUCGAAUAAAUUGUAAGUAAUUGUCUAAUUUCUUGAAAAUAAAAGCAGGGCAAAAAUGUCUAGAAUAACAAGAUUUAUCUUCUUUCCAUCCCUCCUC